AGUCAAAUAAUAUUCAUGUUAUGUUACAACAUGGCAAAAUAUUGUGUGGUGGGUAACAACCUUGCUUUUAGCGAGUCUGAUGUGUUCUGUUUAAGCCUUUCCUUUGGUGCUUACUUCAUGACAUCGUUGAUUUUGCAUGAGCUGCUCAGUCACGCUGUGAAAAAAUGAAGCAUGCCAUCAAGCUUAAAUUCUGCUUCGCUAACACUUACAAAACUUCACAUUUUUAGGCGGUGAUAUUUAAACCCAUGUUACAAAAUAGGGAAAAGAAAAGUGUGAUGUCACCAGAAAAACAGUGAGACCUUUGUCUGCACUUGGACUUUAAUAAGACUGUGGCAAGAAGUGAUCAGUUUAGACUAAUCUCUGGCUUUUCUCCUCAUAAAUCUGAACGUGUUCCCCUUAAGAACGCUGUCGUAGAGAACUGGACUUCAAGACUGUAGCCAUGACGGACAUUUUUAAGAAAGUUUAUCACAUUUCUGCUUUCUUCUGGUACGCUUUUAUUAUUCAGUGCAUUUAUGCAAAAGGAGAUACAGAUCUGCCACCUGGAUUAUUUGUCUACGGUGGACCCUGGAAAUAUCUCACUUUCUUAAAUCUGGUUUUACAGAUGGUGUUUUUUGGAUUGGGAUGCCUUAAUGACCUUCAGCCUGUGGGAAAAGAUUCCAAAAUAUCAUCUCUCUGUCUUUGCAAGGACCUGCUCUUUUCUGUCUUUGUGUUUCCAGUGGGGAUGUUUGUAGUUCUAUUGUUUUGGCUGAUUUAUGCCUACGAUCGACAGCUGGUUUAUCCUGCUUCAAUGGACACCAUCUUCCCAUCAUGGCUGAAUCAUGCUAUGCAUACCGCUGUUCUUCCGAUCUUGUUAGGUGAGAUCUUACUGGAGCCACACGACUACCCUAAAACAAAACAUGGUUUAUCUGCUUUGGGAGUCGUUGGUCUUGCUUACCUAGGAUGGGUGAUUUGGGUGUAUCAGACUGUGGGAGUCUGGGUUUAUCCAUUACUGGGGAUGUUUAGCAGCGCAGGCUUGACUGUUUUCUUUUUUCACAACAUGCUUGUGGUGUCACUGCUGUACUUACUGGGACAAACUUUAAACCAAAAAGUCUGGGGGAGAGAUCAUCCAGACAUUAACAGGACAUGAUGCAUUACAAAACAUAUUCCACUGAUUGUAAACAUGCCGUUUACAUGUUUCUGUAUCCGUCCUACUUCUGCUACACUGUAAAAAAUGAUUUGUUGUUUUUUGUUGUUUCAACUUAAAAAAAUAAGUUACCUGGUUGCCUUAAAAUUUUAAGUUAGUUCAACUUAAAAAUAUUAGUUCACUUAAUGAAUUUGUUGCAAACUCGU